AUGUCUCUGAACCACUCUCGUCUUCUCUGUCACCAUAGUCUGCCCGCGCUCCUCCGAGACGAAGAAAACUUAUACGACGACUUCCGAAGCUUAAACUCUCUUUUCGGACCAGGCGUGAACUAUGACAAUAUUAGGAAUUUUCGAGACGCGGUCGCAGUCGGGAAAGACGACUGGGCUCUGGUUGUCGAUACUCGUGGUUUCAAACCAGACAAAGUGAAUGUUAAAUUGGAGGGAAAUACUUUGACGAUGUCGGGAAACACGGAAUGGCAGAGCUCGGACGGGACGUACAAACGAACGAAGACUUUCUCGCAGGCGUUCUCGAUCCCCGAAGAUGUGAAAAUGGACACUUUGAGGACAAAGAUGAUGGACGAUGGCUCUGUGGUCGUUCACGCCGAGAGAGAAGAAAGAAGAGAAGAAACAGUCGAUUCGGGAAAUUCCGAUUGA